UAUUUCGCAGUUAUAUAAAGUAGCAAAUUAUCGUUCCUGAAUAGGUGGCGCCGUGGUAGCCGAUCCUGUACUUCAACUUCCGGUUUCUGCACUAUGCAACUAUUACAGUUGCAUUUUUAAUUAACGAUGCCAAGUACUUGUUGUUGUGUACCUGGAUGUCAUUUAAGAGGAGGACAUGCAUUUCCAAAUGACUUAAAAGAAGGAAAAGUUAGAUCAACGCCAUGGCCCAUACGCAGAUUGGACGAGAACACGAUGAAAUCGUGGAGUCCAUCUCAAUCAGCUGUUGUUUGCAAGGCACAUUUUACUGAAAAAGACUACGUGCAGGAAACUAUUCAUGGGCACAAACCCACCAUACAGAGACUUAAGUCUACUGCCAAUCCCAGCCUAUUUUCCUGGACCAAGCAAGAGACUGAAUCGUCCGCAAAAAGAAAAAUCAGGGCAGUUUCCUGUGAAAACAAAAGAACUAAACUUGAUGAAUAUUGUAGUAGAAAUCUAGAGGAAAGUUUUGAUUGUAAAGUUGGUUUUCCUGAAGAAAUAAUUCAUACUGCAGACAGGAUUUAUGACUGUCCACCACCAACUGCCGAGCUAAUGUUGAGCUUCACAGAUGGAAUUACGCAAACACCAUCAAUGCCUAUAUUUUCAGCAGAGAAUUUUGAAAUGAAGACACGUGACACAGCCAUGCAUUUUUAUACCGGUUUAGAGUUGUAUACUAAAUUUUUAUUUGUUUUGACCACACUUGGUCCAACAGCACAUUGUUUGAGAUACAUAUAUUUUCAAAUUGAUAGGGUGUCAUUUGAAAAUCAGUUUUUUUAUGACUUUGAUGAAAUUGAUGCAUUAUACAACCAACUUUGAACUGUCUAGAUUCUAGAUUGAAACUAGUGUUAAGAAUAUUGUGUAAACAUGGAUUGUUUUUAUGUCUAAACAGUGGCUUGAGGCUAACACUUGGCCAUUAAGUGGUUUAGUCAGGUAUUUUUCGCCAUCCAACUUAGAAUUAAAGUUUCCUACAACUUGGAUUAUUAUUGACAGCACAGAAUAUCCCGUGAUAAAACCUAAAGCUCCUAGAGCUCAGGCAACCUUUUCAUCAUAUAAAAACAGAAACACUGAAAAUACUUGUAUGUUCGACACCUGGUGGUUUAGUCAACUAUGUCUCUAAUGCAUAUGUUGGUUGUACCAGUGACUGUGAAAUAGUUGAAAGAUGUAGAAUAGUUCAAUUAUGUGAUCCAGGUGACAGUAUGAUGGCAGACAAAGGUUUAAAUGUGCAAGAUUUGUUUGCUCACUUUUUUCAAAAAAAGAAACAGAAUUAGUUCCAAAACUCUUAUACGGGAUAGAAAAGUCUCCAAUUAACACGUGCACAUAGAGCUAAUUAUUGGACUUGGCAAAACAUACAAAAUACUAAUAAAUCCUAUGAAUGGAACUGAAACAAAACUUUCAUCUGAAAUAACAUUUAGUUGUUUUAUGUUGUGUAAUUUUAGAACUUGUAUUGUGCCAAAGGAUGCAUACAUAAAAGUGACGCAAUGAA